CGCACGGUCGCAGUCUCUCGGCCGUCGCCGCCGGGGCGUCGUACGUGUUGCUGUCCUCCGAGGAACGCUGCCAGUGUCGUCAAGAGGCCUGGUCCGGACGGCAUGAGGCCCUCCAAGCCCGUCUGCGGAAGGCUUCUGCUGCUGUUAGCCGUUAUGGGUGGCAGAGUCGUCUCGCGCUCGUCCCGACCGCGUCGUUCGGUCGGCCAGUUCGGGGACAUGAUUCGCCAGCACGUGGGCCGCGAGGCGCUGCUCUACAACGUGUACGGAAACUAUUGCGGCGCCUCCAGCCGCUACGACCUGCUGCCCAUCGACGAGGUAGACAGAUGCUGCCUGGAGCAUGACCUCUGCUAUCGGGCCUCGAGGACAGCGGAAUGUUCCGACAGCUGGCUGGGGCCCUACUGGACCCGCUACACCUGGGCUCAUCAAGAUGGCGUCCUUAUGUGCGAGCGCGGCGCCGGCACACUGCUGGCAGCCGUGCCGUCAUCGAGGCUUUCGUUUGCCUGGCCGGAGAUGCGUCGUCCGAUGCGACACUCGGAGCGCGAAGAGCUUCCGGCUCUUAAUCCGGCGCGCCGCCGCUGUGUGGACGGCCAACCGAUGCGGCCGUGA